AGUGUCUCAUAGUUUGGUUUAGAAUAUGGAAAAAAGUUCAGACUUUUCUCACCGCCGCCGCUGUAUGUACUCGAAUUUUCAUCUUGAAAAUCCAUUUUUCUAGCCCGUUUGCCCGAAGAUGCCAGGCCUGCAGUGGCCGGAGGGAUAUCACCAUCAACAUGUGAAUUUUGCAACCUUACUGUACAAACACUUGAUCAUUUAAUUUUCAGUUGUCAUUAUUUUAGUCUCCAACGUAUAAUUCUUGUAGACCGCCUUCUGUGUAUAUUUAAAAAAGCUGACGAUAUCCUGCGUUCGCUUCAGCAACUUCUGAAUAAAAAGGAGUGCUUUGUAUAUAUUUAUGAAUAUGUAACCUCAACUAUUGGAGAAAUCUAGCUUGGUUGUUUUUCUCUAUUUCAAUUUAAGUUUGUUUGUUCAUAAUUUCCUUCGUAAGUAAGAAUAAGAUUUACAGAAUAUGAUAAAGAGUAAUAAGCUUUUUCUGAUUUUUCAUAAAACAACUCUAUCUUCAUAGUUUUGUGACAAAAGUCUCUAUGAUAAACUGUAGUUUCAAGAGUUUCACAGACUUAUUGUUUACUAGCUUUUGCUCGCGACUUCGUCCGCGCGGUAAAGUUACUUUGAGCAGCAUUUCUAACGACUAUUUAUGGCUCAAAAUCACCAAGGUGCAGAAUUGAUUUUGCCAGCAAUUUUUAUCUUAGAUCUUUACUUUAUUGAAAAAAUAAACAUAUUAAAAAACUACAACUAACCUGUUCUGUGUGUACAUCAAAUAAUACAAUUUUUUAAAGAAGUAAAUAUUUAAUUAAAUCAAUACAAAUGCAGAGAAAGUCAGUUCGGGAACGCGUCCUAAUGCAAUAUCUUUAACAACAAGUCCAAAAUACUAAAUGAAAAAUUAAAGGUAUUCAACUCCGGUCAUUACUUGAUAUAUCAUUUUUUUUUAUACAAAAUCUAGUUUCGAAAAGGAUACCGGAAGAUCUUUUUUUAAAUUAUUUAAACGCAAAAAUAGUUUGUCCGGUAGUCUAUAAGUCAUUUCAGUGAACGCAUCCAUAACUGAACACAAAUAGUUUUAAGUGAACGCAGCUAUUCUGUGUCAUCCGUCAGUAGAGCAAGCAAACAACAACAAAUCCGGCUGUCAGUAUAUUUAUCGGCAAAUAAAUUAAUAUCUAAGUGGUAAGUACCUUUCAAUUCGUUAUUUGUAGAGCGUACAUCAAUAGUCCGUCAAUUCGAGAACAUGUUUUUUAUAUUUAAUUAUUGAUGUGAUUCUUUUUCACGACUAGGAAUAAUAAAGUAACCUCAAAUUUAUUGCUAGUGACAAAGUCAGGUCGCAUUUAAGAUGGCUGCUCAAUAAUACAAGUGCGCGCUUAUUUGAAAUCGUCAUUUCGAGAACGGUCAUUUUGGAAACGUUCUCGGACAUGAUGACACGUUCCCUAAAUGACUGUUGCGUUCUUGGGAUGAUCAUUAUUGUUUCUAAGGUCGAUUCUCUUACAUUUUCUCAUUAAAUAAUUCUACAAAUUUGUUUUUUUUUAUUAUUACAGCGUGAUGGAGACUCUCGAUAAAGAAAAAAAAAAAAGAACUCGAAAACAGCUUAAAAAGGAUAGUGCCGCUUAUUUGCGCCAAAGAGAAAAGGCAAAUGCUAGGAAAAGAAAGUUUUUGGAUAAGAUGACUGAACAGCAGAAAGAAAUUAAACGGGCUAAGGACAGAGAAUAUUAUAAAAAGAAAAAGGAAGAAAAUAAAGUGAAGAAAAUUAGUGAUAUGACCGAACGAGAGAAGCGAAAGCAGAGAAAAGAUUGGAAGAAAGCCUCCAAAAAAUAUAGAGACAAGAAGAAAGGUUUAGCAAAUUUAAUAAGUAAUACGCCGCCAGAAUAAGAUGACGACUUACCCGCAGUACCUCCAGAGAGAAGACAUGGAGGGAGAAAAACUGUUCGAAAAGACAGGGCGAAAGCAUAUCGCGUGCGGGGGUGCGCGGGGCGCGGUUGUUGUGCUCUGACGCGUUUGUUCACGUUCCGUGCUUCCGAUUGAUUCAAAAAUACCAUAAUAAGCAUUCUUCCUUGAAACCUAUAACAAUCUGAAGACCAAGUUAUUCUCUGAGUUUUGGUGCAUAGAUCAAUACAAACAGUGCAGUGGUUGUGAUAAAAUCAGUGUUUUUAUAAAAAUUUUGCCGGUGAUCGUUAUUACUUGGACGGAGUCUUUGACACUCAACAGCAGCUCAACAGUCACUGAUC